ACAUCGCAUAAUCCUCCACCAUGUUCGGCUUCCGCAAGACCAAAGACAUCGUCACGCUCUUCCACAAGGCCAACUCCCCAGCUUCGGUGCGAGUUGCGUCCCUCCUCAAGCAAGCCUCCGCCAAUGCUGCCGAACAUGCCACCGAAGACCAGGCCAGCGACCACUCAGCUCAGACAACACCAGAGCGUGCCGAGUUCGAUUUGAACAUCACCGAGGACCCGCCUACUUCCGACCAGGUCCAGACCAUCCUGGAGUACGUAGGCAAGCACAACGUUGGCUCUAUAAUCAAGGGUGCCUCGUCUGAGAGCGAGGCCAUGAAGCUGUUCAAGCAGAGCGCAGAGAGCUUCCAGAGGCCUGUGACGGUGGACUGGAACAACGGCAAGGCUGUUGCUGGCGCUGACGAGUCCAAGAUCAUAAAGAUGCUGAACCAGCUUCCUAAAUAAAGUCAGGACAGUCUCUUGGCAAACUUCUGUACAAAAUGAGAUUCCCCUCUGUUCCACUCG